AUGGAAGCCAUGGAUCUGUCAUGGGGAGCACGGUGUACCGGCGCCGUGUACUUGGUCCUCUCCUUGUGCGUGGUGGCCCUGGCCGUGGUGCUCCAGAUCAUCCGGUGGUGGCCAUGGUGCCGCUGCCAUGUCUGCCGGGCGUACAUGACUGGGUCGUGGGCACGGGAGUACACCAACCUGUGCGACUGGUACGCGCACCUCCUCCGCGAGUCGCCGACGCAAACCAUCGACGUCCACGUCCUCGGCUGCACCGUCACCGCCAACCCUGACAACGUCGAGCACAUGCUUAAGGUCGGCUUCGACAACUUCCCCAAGGGCAAGCCCUUCGCCGCGAUCCUCGGCGACCUCCUGGGCGGCGGCAUCUUCAACGUCGACGGCGACGCGUGGAGCCACCAGCGCAAGAUGGCUAGCUUCGAGCUGGGCAGCGUCGCCGUGCGCUCCCAUGCGUACAAGAUCGUGGCGCAGGAGGUGGAGACCAGGCUCAUGCCGGUCCUGGCCGGCGCCGCCGAUGGCGGCCUGGUGAUCGACUUGCAGGACGUGUUCCGCCGCUUCGCGUUCGACACCAUCUGCAAGAUCUCGUUCGGGCUGGACCCAGGCUGCCUCGAACAGGGCAUGCCCGUGUCCGGGGCUGCCGUGGCCUUCGACACCGCCACGCGACUCUCCGCUAUCCGUGGCCUGGCGGUGUCUCCGCUGCUAUGGAAGAUGAAGCGGAUGCUGAACAUUGGAACGGAGAGAGAGCUGAAGAAGGCCAUCAAAGUCGUCGACGGGCUCGCGGCGGCGAUGAUCCAGGAGCGCCGGAAGCAGGGCGUCGCCGGCAAGAGGAACGACCUCCUGUCCCGGUUCAUGGCCUCGGCCAGAGACGAGGGUAAUGACAGGUUUCUCCGUGACAUCGUGGUCAGCUUCCUCCUGGCCGGGAGGGACACGAUAUCCUCGGGGCUCACCACGCUCUUCAUGUUCCUGUCCAAGAACCCGGCCGUGGCGGCCGCCAUGCGCGCGGAGGCCGGCAGCCGGAAGCCCGUGACCUACGAGCACCUGAAGGGCCUGCACUACACCCACGCGGUGAUCUACGAGAACCUGCGGCUGUUUCCGCCGGUGCAGUUCGACUCCAAGUUCUGCGCCGCCGCCGACGUGCUCCCGGACGGCACCUACGUGGGGGCUGGAUCGCGCGUGAUGUACCACCCCUACGCCAUGGGCCGCAUGCCCUCCAUCUGGGGCGCCGACUGCGAGGCUUUCCGGCCGGAGCGAUGGCUCACCGGCCCCGGUGGAUCGUUCGCCCCCGUGAGCCUGUACAAGUACCCGGUGUUCCAAGCUGGCCUGCGCGUUUGCCUGGGCAAGGAGCUCGCCGUCACCGAGAUGAAGGCGGUGAGCGUGGCAGUGGUGAGAGCGUUCGACGUGGAGGUGGUCGGAGAGAAUGCAUGCGCGCCAAAGUUCGCGCCAGGGCUCACCGCAUCACUCAGCGGUGGGCUCCCAGUGAGGGUUAGGCGGCGUGUUUGA